AAACAAAGCUCUGCUGGCUUCUCUCAGUAGACGGCUCAAGUAGCUGGCAGGCAACAGCCCAGACUGGGGCUUAGGACUCUUUCCUCAGGACUUUAACUCAUUGGUCAGAUUGAGGGAGCAGAUAAAAAGAGUUUUGAAAUGCUGUGGAUGUUGUGUCUCCCAAAUGCAUCCCUCUUCCUUCUGCUUCUGCCGUGCUUCCCUGCACAGGACGGUAGAGGAAAUGAACAGUCAACAGACGUUAUCAGUGCUUGGGAAGGAGAGUCCGCCAGCAUAACUUGCCCAAUGAGUGGUUCACAAAAUCAAGUGGGGAUGCACUUGAGAGCUAUCAGACAGAAUCUCAAUGUGAUAUAUCUUCCCAAGGAGAAAUCUCAAAAAAGUGAUUUUGGCGUUGAUAAUCGCAUCCAGUGGUCAAAGGAAGGGGACAAUCUCAGGAUAACCCUGCACAGGUUACAGCAAUCUGAUUCAGAAAUCUACGUAUGCUCUGAGAUUGUUAAAAUCAAUGACUAUCCCAAAGAACUGUGUGGGAAGAGAACCAUGGUACUGGUCAAAGCUAAAUCCAACAGCCCUCUGAAGCAGUCACCGCUCUAUGCCAACCCUGGGCGAGGCCAGUCUGUCAGCAUCACCUGUGUGUUGAAGAGCUCACCUGAAGCUGGGAAGUUCUACUUGCUCAGGGCUCACGUACAGCCUGGCAGAGUUCUGUCUGUGUCAAAUCUGAACGUGUCACAGGUUUCUCCUACCUUUGGGAAUCGCUGGGAGUAUACAAGGGAAGGAAAUAGGACCGUGAUAACUCUGCACAACCUACAAGAAGAGGACAGUGAUAACUACAUCUGUGCUGAGGAGGUGAAUGCUUCUUCCCCUCUGCUCUCAGGGAGUGGCACCAUGGUGCUGGUUAAAGGAGGGGAGCAGGUGUGUGAGAAGAGCUCCUGGGAUUUGUAUGCCCUUAUUGUGGUGGUGGCUCUGCUGUUCUGUGCCCUGGUGUGCUGCACCUUGUACCGUGUGGAUGUGAUGAAAUGUUUCCAGAAGAAAAAGCCCAAUGUUGUGUAUGAAGACAUGUCCUACAGCUCCAGACGGAACACACUGGUCAGAAACAGCAACUAUUCCUGAGGCGAAUAAACUCCUGCCAGCUGGGACUGUGUGUGCAUCAACCAACCAUUCUCUUCCAGGCAGCUCUGAGAGCUGCUUUAACCACCUGAAUUGAAGUUACUAUCACCUACCUUGUUCAGGGGAGCGAAAACCCUCAUUUCCAAGGAUGUUUCUACAUUUCUUAAUUUUUUUUAAAUUUUUUCUUUUUUUAAUGCACAGAAAACAUAGUGAAAUGCAGGUACCCUGGACAUGUGUAUGCAGGUCAGUGUGAAAAAGCAGCAUUUUGGGGCUAGAUGCAAUAUUUCUCGUUUCUUUGCUAAAUUAUCCUUUCUGGAAAGGUGGGAUGGUCGGGGAGGUCUGGUUCUGAGCUUUGCUAAGUGCUCAGGAAGAGCACAUGGGUCUGUUCAGUUUGCAAUGGAUCCACACAGGAAAGGAUUCCAGUUCUCUCAUGGAACUGGGCUCUGCCCAGGAGCUCAGGCAGCUGAAACUGCCCCAGAGUUACAGCAGGGAAAUCGAUUUUGAAGAAACUUCAGAAACGUGGCAGGGUGAAAUGCUGGGUCCAUGUGAGCUCACCUGCUCCAAGGUCACAACAGUCCCACAAAGGCACAAUCGAGUCUAGAUUUUAGUUUGGUCCCACAAAGGCACAAUCGAGUCCAGAUUUUAGUUUGGUCCCACAAAGGCACAAUCGAGUCCAGAUUUUAGUUUAUUUUACUGCCUCUGUCAGCUCCUCAUGUGAGUGAUGGGGGUCUUGAUGUGGCUGAUGAGCAAAGAGACUGAACUUGUGUCCUGUGGCUUCCUGGGACAGCAGAGAUGUUGGUGAUGUGCUGGUGGUGUCUCAGCACGAGGUUUCUCCAUCCCAGUGACUCCACACUGUACAACACAAGGUGAAAGAACUGGGGGCAAAGCCAAUGCCUGCAUUCCCACCUGGGCACGGGUGGGGCUGAUCUUCUUAUCAAAGGGAUUUAUCAAAACUCCUAUCAGGCAAGAAGAGGCUAAAUUUGGUUCAGUAACAGCUUCUGGAACAGGUUCCAGGGGGGAGCUGGGCCAAGGAAGGGCUUGGCCUCCUCCAGGGGUGUUUUGGUUUUGCAGUGUUGGGGCCACUGUGAAAAGUCAACAAUCUUCCACACAGAAAUGCUGAAUUGCUUUGUCACAGGGCAGGAUUGAUGGGGUGGCCUCUGGUUGCUGAGGACAGGCUGAGACUGGAGUUUCUCUCUAUUGAUGUAAUUGUUUAUUUUUUUUGAGGGAUUAGGGUCAGUUUGUCUUUGAGUGCAUAGCUGGAGCUAAGCCAGGCACAGAGGAUAAUUCCUCUCCAGAGCUGAGCUCUGACAAGAUCCCAGCUUGCCAAGACAAUCCUGUCCCUCAGGAGACCCCAUUUCCCUCCCAUGAGAUAUUACUCAUGA